GGCAGCUAGACGCUGCAGUGCCAGAGUCAGGAAACAAGCAGAUCCGUUCCGUGCCGUGGCUGUAGUUCAGCACCCAGGCGGACCCGGUGUGUGCACACAGAGCUUAGCUUUUAAGUGAGGAUGGACGAAACGCUCACUGUCGGAUAAACCACCACGACGAAUAAAGCGCCCCGGAUUCUGGCGGGAACCAAGCGGGAUCGUCCGAUAGGAGUGAAGGCAGAGCUGCCAUGGGCGCCACGGUGUUUCUGGGCAGGUAAACGUUAGCAGGUAGCCUGCCUAGCCGCUCAGCUAGUCACGCAGCUGGCAGCUAGCUCAGGCAGCUAGCAGAAGCAGCCGCCAACGAGUUGGGUUGGAUGAACUCUUGCCAGAGACGGUGCGAAGAGAGCCCAGAAUGGGUCGUGGUUUCCCUGUAGACCCUAAACUGCCCGUGUGAACGAACAACAGCCGCUCUUUUUGUUGCCUUCAAGGAGAACCGAGUGGCUGCCGGAGCCGCAGGGUUGAUUGACAGCUUGUCACAACGGGUUUUCCAGAUGUGGCGUCAGCACAAAGAGUGCUGCUAGGCUCCAGCUGGCUCGUCGCAGCCGCAGGACUGGCUGCUGACCAGGAAUGGCUGGCUGGAACCAGCUCUUGAGUCUCCUCUCAACCCAGCAUCGACACGCCGAGGGGUCACUGAGCUCCACACCCGCCGAACUCACACGCUGCUAGGCAGCUAACCGAGAGCACCGAAGGCGCGACACAACGGGCUGUCAGCUGGGCCGGAGCCACACGCAGGGAGUGUUUUUCCAGUCAAAGGUGGAAAAUGAGGAGGACGGAGAACAAAAACAAGAGGAAACUCUGUAACGCGGAGCAGCAUCAGAGCGGGGCAGAAGAAAAAGAUGCGAAAGAGUUUGGGGCUCCUCCUCCUCUCCUCUUCAGGAAGCUGAGUAACCCCGACCUGUCGCCCGCAGCCUCCGCCGCUACCAAGUCCAAACUGCACCGACAGCUGAGCCAAGACGAAAGCUGGGCCCGCCGCAGCAGCCUGGCCAUGACCGGUAAGCAGCUGCUGCCUCUGUCCAGCAGUCUGCAUGCUGGGGUGAGUCAGCUGGCCUGGCAGGGGCCUGGGACCACCGGGGGAGUGUCUGCAGGAGGAGAGGUGAACAACCUGGUCCGUAUGAGGAGCCAAGCCUUGGGACAGUCUGCUCCGUCGCUCACCGGCCUGAAGGAGCUGAGCCUUCCCAGAAGAGGCAGUUUCUGUCGGACCAGCAACAGGAAGAGCCUGAUUGUGACGUCCAGCACCUCCCCCACUCUGCCUCGACCACACUCACCUCUGCAUGGACACACAGGCACCAGCCCUUUGGACAGCCCUCGUAACUUCUCCCCGAACACGGCUGCACACUUCUCCUUCGUACCUGCACGCAGUCACGGACACAGAGCUGACAGGACGGAUGGCAGACGCUGGUCUCUGGCCUCGUUGCCCUCCUCUGGCUAUGGCACCAACACUCCCAGCUCCACUGUCUCGUCCUCCUGUUCAUCUCAGGAGAAGCUGCACCAGCUGCCCUUCCAGCCCACUCCGGACGAGCUGCACUUCCUCACCAAACACUUCAGCUCUGAGAGCAUCACGGACGAGGAAGGACGCCGCUCCCCCGCCAUGAGACCGCGCUCCCGCAGCCUCAGCCCCGGACGCUCGCCCGUCUCCUUCGACCACGAGAUUGUGAUGAUGAACCACGUGUACAAGGAGAGGUUCCCCAAGGCGACGGCUCAAAUGGAGGAGCGUCUGGCCGAGCUGCUGUCCUCCUCCGCUCCGGAAAAGGUCUGCCCGCUGGCCGACGGGGUCCUGAGCUUCAUCCACCAUCAGCUGAUCGAGCUGUCCAGGGACUGCCUGGAGAAGAGCAGAGACGGCCUCAUCACCUCCCGCUACUUCUACGAGCUGCAGGAGAACCUGGAGAAGCUGCUGCAGGAUGCUCACGAGCGCUCGGAGAGCGUGGAGGUCACCUUCGUCACGCAGCUCGUCAAGAAGCUGAUGAUCAUCAUCGCCCGGCCGGCGCGUCUGCUGGAGUGUCUGGAGUUUGAUCCCGAGGAGUUCUACCAUUUGUUGGAAGCAGCAGAGGGCCAUGCCAAGGAGGGCCAAGGCAUCAAGUCUGACAUCCCCCGAUACAUCAUCAGCCAGUUGGGCCUCACCAGGGACCCCCUGGAGGAAAUGGCCCAGCUGAGCAGCUAUGACAGCGGGAACCCAGAAACCCCAGAGACGGAUGAUUCAGUGGAUAGUCAAGGAGCUACAGUCCCGGCAGCUCCACCCCAGACUAAAACCAAAACACCUCGAGAGGAAGACUUUGAAAACAUCAAGCUCAUCAGUAACGGAGCCUAUGGAGCUGUGUUUCUGGUGCGGCACAAAGAGACCCGGCAGCGUUUCGCCAUGAAGAAGAUCAACAAGCAGAACCUGAUCCUGAGGAACCAGAUCCAGCAGGCCUUUGUGGAACGAGACAUCCUGACGUUUGCUGAGAACCCAUUUGUCGUGUCCAUGUUCUGCUCCUUCGAGACCCGGAGACACCUGUGCAUGGUGAUGGAGUACGUGGAGGGAGGAGACUGUGCCACGCUGCUCAAGAACAUCGGAGCUCUGCCCGUCGAUAUGGCUCGUAUGUACUUUGCAGAGACCGUCCUCGCAUUGGAGUAUCUGCACAAUUACGGCAUCGUGCACAGAGACCUCAAACCGGACAAUCUUCUCAUCACCUCCAUGGGACACAUUAAGCUGACGGACUUUGGCCUCUCAAAGAUCGGUUUGAUGAGUUUGACCACAAACUUGUAUGAAGGACACAUAGAGAAAGACACCAGGGAGUUCCUCGAUAAACAGGUGUGUGGCACUCCGGAGUACAUCGCCCCAGAGGUGAUCCUGCGUCAGGGCUACGGGAAGCCGGUGGACUGGUGGGCCAUGGGGGUCAUCCUGUACGAGUUCCUGGUGGGCUGUGCUCCAUUCUUCGGAGACACACCUGAGGAGCUGUUUGGUCAGGUCAUCAGUGACGAGAUCGUCUGGCCGGAGGAGGAUGAAGCUCUGCCUCAGGAAGCUCAGGACCUCAUCUCCAAACUGCUGAGACAGAACCCUCUGGAGAGACUGGGCACAGGAAGUGCCUUUGAGGUGAAGCAGCACCCGUUCUUCACCGAGCUGGACUGGAACAGCCUGCUGAGGCAGAAAGCUGAGUUCAUUCCCCAGCUGGAAUCUGAGGACGACACCAGCUACUUUGACACUCGUUCCGAUCGGUACCACCAUGUCGAUUCAGAAGAAGAGGACGACACCAACGAUGAUGAACAUGUGGAGAUCCGACAGUUCUCCUCCUGCUCUCCUCGCUUCAGCAAGUGUAACACAGCAGAAUACAAUCAUCAGAUUCACUCUGGCUGUAAACGUGGAGCCGCAGGGUCCGCCUCAGCUUUUCUGACCACCUGCUGUGUGCAGGUGUACAGCAGUAUGGAGCGUCUGUCUCUGCACGAGGAGAAGAGGACUCCUCCUCCCACCAAACGCAGCCUCAGCGAGGAGGGCGGAGAUCGAAUCGACAGCCUGAGCGGACUCAAGUCCAGAGACCGGUCCUGGCUGGUGGGGUCUCCUGAAAUCCUGCGGAAGCGUUUGUCUGUUUCCGAGUCGUCGCACACAGAGAGCGACUCCAGCCCGCCGCUGACGGUCCGGAGACGCUGUUGUUCAGCCAUCAUCGAGAUGCCACGCUUCGCCAUCUCUUCUGAGGAAGAGGGAGGCCAAGGUGCGGCAGGAAGUCGUAAGAGUCCCAGUCUGCUGGGUGCGAGCGCAGUGAGGGGCCCGCGGUGUGACGAGCUUCCCCUCGCCAUCCCAGAGCUCCCAGUGGAGAGAGAGCUGAAGCUGGAUGAGUCUCCCACCACGCCGAGCUCCACCUCCAGUCAGCUGAGCAGGGCCACGCUCACACCGGGCAGCUCAGGUGACGUGUGCGAUCGCGGUUACCGAGGUAACGGCAGUAACGGUGGCAUCAGUGGAGCGGCCAAAUGUGCAGCGGACAGCGACUCUCCGUCGACUCCGAGAGCCAUCAGCGACCUGGCGGCUCGCAGAGCUCGCCAUCGGCUGCUGUCAGGAGACGCCGACAAACACACAGCGACGCCGAGCUCCCGGCCCCUCAACAAGGUCAUCAAGUCGGCCUCGGCCACCACGCUGUCGCUGAUGAUUCCUGCAGACCACCAUGGAGCCUCUCCAUUGGCGAGCCCGAUGUCGCCCCAUUCGCUGUCGUCCAAUCCGUCGUCACGGGACUCGUCCCCGAGCCGGGACCUGUCCCCAGCCGUGAGCAGCACCAAACCUGCCAUUGUGAUCCACAGAGCAGGCAAGAAAUAUGGCUUCACCCUGAGAGCCAUCAGAGUAUACAUGGGAGACUCCGACAUCUACACAGUCCACCACAUGGUCUGGCACGUGGAGGACGGCGGACCGGCCCACGAGGCGGGACUGCGGGAGGGAGACCUGAUCACCCACGUCAACGGAGAGCCAGUUCACGGUCUCGUUCACACAGAAGUGGUGGAGCUCAUACUGAAGAGCGGAGCCAAAGUGUCCAUCUGCGCCACCCCGUUUGAGAACACGUCCAUCAAGGUCGGCCCCGCCCGAAAGACGGGCCACAAAUCCAAGAUGGCAAGACGCAACAAGAAGACCAAGACUAAGGAGGGACAGGACAGUAAGAAGAAGACGUCUCUGUUCAGGAAGAUCACCAAGCAGGCGUCUCUCCUCCACACCAGUCGCAGUUUGUCCUCUCUGAACCGCUCUCUGUCCUCGGGGGAGAGCGGCCCCGGCUCGCCCACGCACAACCUGUCACCACGGAGCCCCACGCAGGGCUACAGGUCCACGCCGGACUCCGCCCACUCUGUUGGUGGAAACUCAUCUCAGAGCAGUUCUCCGAGCUCCAGCGUGCCAAACUCCCCGGCAAGCUCUGGCCACAUCAGGCCCAGCUCCCUGCACGGCCUCGCCCCGAAGCUCCAGCGCCAGUACCGCUCGCCCCGACGUAAGUCCGCCGGGAACAUCCCCCUCUCCCCGCUGGCCCGCACGCCUUCACCCACCCCUCAGAGCAGCUCGCCGCAGCGCUCGCCCUCCCCGCUGCCCAGCCACACUCUAGGACAGCCUGCAGUGGGUCAGUCGUUCCCCGUGAAGCUCCACUCCUCCCCUCCCUUGGUGAGGCAGAUUUCCAGGCCGAAGAGCGCAGAGCCUCCACGGUCUCCGCUCCUGAAGAGGGUGCAGUCAGCUGAGAAACUGGCUGCCUCCCUCUCUAACUCCCCCUCGUCUCCCUCUGGGGUGGCAGCAGCGGGGGACAAGAAGCUGGCGGUGGGAGCAGCCGCAGGGAGCCGGAAACACAGUAUGGAUAUUUCACAUUCAGAUUUUAAGAAGGAGAUUCUGCAGAGAGAGCCGAGUCUACAGAGUCUUCAGGAGUCAACCAGCGAGGCUCUGCUGUCCUCAGCAGGGCGCGGCGUGGAGAAGGGCAGCCUGCAGAAACACUCCUCCUCAUCCAGGAAGUUAGGGCGCCAGGAGGGGGACGGCACUGUCGGCACGGUGUCCGGCUCGCUGGGCCUGGCUCCUGGGAAGAGCAAGCUGAAGGACAAACUGUCCGCCAUCCGACAGGACAGAGCCGAGCGGAGGGAAUCGCUGCAGAAACAAGACGCCAUCCAUGAGGUUGACUCCUCUGAGGACGAGACAGAUGAGGGCUCAGAGGACAGCCAGGACGGACGCCGGGGGACAGCCUUCACCCCUCCUCCCCUGCUGAGGCCCACCACGGUCAGAACGGGCCCUGGAGGCACGCUGCCGUCCCUCUGUCUCUCCCCCUGCACCCCUCAUGCCACGUUCUCCCCUACAGGGCCCUCGCAGGCCGGCAGGCCCGCCCCCUCCCACACACUCCCCUCUGUCACAGAGACCGUUUCUGGUCAGAGCACCUCCUUCCCUGCGGUGAAAGACACAAGGUCGGCUUCAUCUGCAGAAGGCAGUGCAAGACAAGAAAGGAAGGUUCUGGGGCCAAGCGGGACCACAAAACCCACUCAGGGCCCCCUUCCCUUUUCCACCCCAGGCAGUGCAUUCAUCUCAGUCAGCAAGGACACUUUCCUCAAGCCAAGCCCUCCCCAAGAAUCAAAGAGGCCUGCAGCAUCAGAGACCAGGGCACAGGGCCAAACCCUGUGCAGCCCUAAAACCACAGUCCCCUCUACUACCAUCACUACCAAUACUUCUGGCUGCAGAGUCUCCACAAUUACUACAGACUCCAGGAUUACCACUGGUACUACAGACUGCAGAACCACUGACAGCCAAGAGACUCCACGCACUUCCUGCUCUUCUCCUGGCAUCUCCAAGGAGAAGAAGGAGGCUGACAACCGGAGACUGUGUGCUGCUGCAGCUGCUGCUGCAGGCCUGAGUGUCCCGGCCUCAGCCUCAGCUCCUGAGAGCGGCGUGGACAAAGUUGUGUCCCAGCUUGCAACAGUAGCUAAAAGCGUUCUGGGCCCAGUCAAACUUAGCACCGCUGUGGACAAGAGCCAGAAGGACCAGAAACCAUCCAGAGGUGGCACCCCAGAAGUCCCACCAGCUGACCCCCUUUCAAUUCCCUCUAAGCACCUCACAACCCCUCAGGCGCCUCGCCUCUCCGAGUCCCCAUCCAAACAGAAAACCGCUUCACCGACCACCUCACAGAGGUCGACCAAAUCCUCAACCCAGAAAGACUGUGCAGCACUGCCACCAUCAUCCUGCAAGGACGUCCCAGAAAGGCCCACAUCAGAGACUGCAGGGAGGGACGACACUGCCUCGUCUGCAUCUGCACAGCGGCCGGCUUCAGCAGCCGCUCAGGCUGCCUUCAGCAGCCACCCCAGCUCCUCUGCACCAUGUGAGCCACAGCACAGGAGGUCCGAACCCCAGACGAAAACCACCACCACUGACGCCAUGCCUGCCUCCUCGCAACAAGACAAAACAGCCGGCAAGAAGACGUAGCAGCAAAAAGCAAAGAACCAGAACAGCGUGUACAGACCACGCAACUCAGUACUGGCUUGAGCUCUUAAAACUCACACAAACUGCAUGUUUGGAGGAAAACAUACGAGUUCCUUCGCACUAAUCAGAGUUUGACUUUCAGAGCAACAGAGAGACGUAGAGACAGAUGUGGUAGUCCAGUUCCAUUCCAGCUGUUCUGCCCUCUUUAAUGUUUGUGCAAGUUAUUUUGGUGUCCUGACUCUUUGUUUCCUGCUUUCAGACUAAAUGCCACAAGAAACUUUCCCCUUUUUGCAAAAAUACAUGGGGCUAGGAGUAAAGAGCUCAGCAGUCCAUGCUUGUCCACUUUUAGACACGACACGACUCAUCAGCUUCUCACCUUCAUGUUUGGCAGGGCCUGCAGCUGCAUGUUCCUCAGAUCAGGACGUGCCUUACUGAAGAUUGUAUCUCAGCAAUAAACUGCAGUGUAUCUUUAGCAGUCUGUGUAAACGUAUUGUAGUGAUUUUAACAGAAUUAAUCUGCACCAUCAGUGUGCUCUCAGCACCAGAUAGUUAGACCAAAAUUAAUUCUGGUCUCGCCGUUGUCCCUGGUGGUCCGAUACUGCGGGCCUGCAGGAAAGGGGGGCUCGUUUCACCACAGCUUGUGUAAAGCAGGCCUUGAUUUUUGAAUGUGUUUUCUUGAGUUCCAGGGAUUCAUUUCAGUGAAGUAGCACAGAUUUCACUGAAGCUUACAAUGAACACCAAGCUUGCUAUUAUUUAUUGUCAAAAGUUAUUUUGCUGUUUCACUUCUGCCCCAGUUGAUGUUUGGAAAGUACUGAUUCUCAUAGUGCAACAUGUGACAGUUAGAUCAGCUGCUUACAGGACUGCGUUUCAGUUGGUCCUUUCUGGAUCAGUUAAAGUAGCAAAUGUCGCUGGUGGCAGAUUAUCACAUGUAGCUCAUUGGUUUUGAAUGCUGAAAGUUAAACCUAAAGACAAUUGAAAAGCUAAUAGAUCUGACAAAAUCCCAUCAACCUGAACACCAGCGUGUUAGCAGGACUAUGGCUAACACACUUACUGGAUGUGUGUUAGCGCUUGCAGUCUUUGGAUUCAGAGCGUCUUUAGUUCCAAACAACACAGGGACUUGAAUCUGGCCUGAUGUUCCCGGUCACCUGCUCACACCUCCUGAAACAGGAACAGUUGAGCUGAAGAGUCCAUACUGAGCAUGCUCAGACUGAGUUCAGAACCACGCUGGUGUUGGACCUCUUUAUUUCUAGUCCCUGUUGGCCCCUGAAGGCUGCACUGCUUUUGUUUGUUAUCUGCACCAACUUGCUGUGUGUUUGCCUCUGAUCCUGUGAGAUGAUCAGACUUCACUGUGUGUGUGUGUGUGUGUGUGUGUGUGUGUGAGGGAGAGAGCGUUUCUUAAUUUGUGCAUGGUUGUCUAUGUGUGUAUAUAAUAUUUAAAGUUCUGUAGUGCAUCUGUUUUAUACCCUGAGUGUGUUCGGUCUGACUUUGUUCAGAACUUCCUGCUUCCUGUGAACGUUUCUGUCAGACUGCGUAUUGACUGGCGCUCAGGAGGUACAAACGAGGACGCAGUAACUGUUGGAGUUUUUCUUGUGUUUUCCUGGCUGUUCACCUUUCAUCUCCUCUGAUUCCUGCUGUACAUUUGAAACACAGGCGACUUGUCGAAUGCACAGUGAGUCCACUCGUGUCGAACGUGUCCUGCUCCUGUGACGAGUUGCUCUCACCAGGUGAACUCAGCUCCUGUUGGACAGAGUUCAGUGAUGUCAGUUUAACUGGUAAACUGUGUCAUGUUUACAUGUUCUUGUCAUUUUUCUUGAUGUGGUUUUUUUGUGCCUGUAGCCACCGAACCUCCUCUGACAGGCUGAGGUGAUUACCGGUCCUGGUCCAGGUGACUCCUGCUCUCAGUGUGCUGUGUGUGAUUAAGAGGUCACCUGUGACGGAGGAGGAGUCAGUGCUCAUGUGUUCAAAUCAUCUCGUCCGUGUUGAGGGGGUUAACAGGUGUGUCGUGGGGUCGAGACGUGUGCUGAGGAUGCGGACGUUGUGGUUCAGGAUUUAUCUGCCGAAUGCCUUGGCCAAUCAGACGGCCAGGAAGCUGAGGACUAAUGAGUUUAAAACUGCUUUUUUCUUUGUUGGCGUCAGGCUUGAACAGUUUAGUCCACCACAUUGGAUGUGAUUCAGAGUCACGAGUCAAGCGUCUCGCCUCUCAGUGUGGAAGAUCUGUAGGUUUGACGGGCUCCACGGUGGUAAAAUACAAGAUCUUUGUGAUCUGUGAGUAACAGAUGAGCCUCUGAUUGGAUAAGCUGCUCUCAGACCUGAAGCUGAUCAUCUCAGUGUUGAUAGUUUGUGUCGUUCACACUGAACUCUGACUCCACUGACUUGUUUAAAAGACUGAAAUGUAGAUAAUAACAAAAUCCGACCAGAUUUCAUGCUAGUGGCUCACAAAAUCAGGAUCAAGCAGGAUCAAUCGGUCACAUUUCCGAGCCUUAAAAUCCACAAGCAUCCUGUUGGCCUCCACUCUGAAUGAUUUCCGAGAGAGCCGAUCUCAGACUCAUCCAGCUGAAUAUUUUCCACUCGAUGAGCCCAGGCAGUAACGAGAGCCCGUCACCCUGCAGGAAGCUGCUCUCACUUUGGGAACAUUUACAGACUUCAAGUGGCCGAGAUGCAGAUUUUCAUCUUAAAUCUGUGCAGCCGAUCGGCCCCGUCUCAGAGCUCGGACAUUUAGGACUCGUCAUGACGAUUGUGUUGAGUCAGAACUGAUUGUUGUGGUUUCGGUUAAGCUUCUGUCUGCCUGAGCUGCUCGUUUCUGUUGACUCUCAUGGACGAGACUUCAGAUGAGGGCGGCUCUUCUGAGCUGUGUGUCAUGCUGUCCAUAAAGAGCGAUGAAGAGGUGCAGGGAGACAAAAGCUUGAGGAAGAUGUUGAGAGGGAGGUAAAACAUUGCUUGAGUAAAGCCAGUGCAAUAGCUUUUUAUUUUUUAUUGUGGUAAAAGCAUGUUGUUGUCAAUCUUACCUUCCAGUAAUAAAGUUUUUUUAUGUACA